AUGCGGCAAGCAGCAUCAUGGGUUGGCACGCCCUCCAUAAAGGGCCGGACUGAAGCCACGCGAAUGGCAUUGUUGACUUUCAGUCUCGUUGGACUCCAAUUUACUUGGGGCGUUGAAAUGACAUAUUGUACGCCGUAUCUUCUCCAACUCGGCCUUACGAAAUCAAAAACCUCACUAGUAUGGAUCGCUAGCCCGUUGUCGGGAUUGAUAAUACAGCCUCUGGUCGGGAUAAUCACGGACCGAUCUACGUCAAAAUGGGGCCGUCGUCGUCCGUUCAUGAUAGUUGGCUCUUUCGUUGUUGGGCUAUGUUUGUUGGUUUUGGGCUGGGCAUCGGAACUCGUGGCUAUAUUCAUCUCUGACAAGGAUACGUCGCGGUAUUCAGCAUAUAUGCUGUCGAUUUUGCGAUUAAUAUCGCAGCAGCUUGGGUCAGCAUGGGCAAGCCGGAUGGCCGCUAUUGGCCACCUUAUAGGCUAUGGAAUCGGUUCAGUCGAUAUGCUGAGCAUAUUCGGUCAUGCCUUGGGCAACACACAGUUUAAGCAGAUGACUGUAAUUUCUGCCAUUUCUUUAAUUUUCUCCGUCUCUGUUACAUCAUAUACGGUGAAAGAGAGGGUGUUGAUUUCACUCAGAGAUUCGGAUAAGAAGACAAGCGUAGUCAAAAUACUCGCCCAGUUGUUCAGAACAACGGUCAGCCUGCCACCACGGAUACGUGCUAUUUGCUGGGCCCAAUUCUGGGCGUGGGUCGGUUGGUUUCCGUUUCUCUUCUACAGCAGCACAUGGGUAGGCGAGACUUAUUUCCGCUACGAGGCACCCAAAGAAGCUUCCGACAAAUCGCCAGAUACGUUAGGAGACGUUGGUCGCCUUGGAAGCAUGUCUCUUGUGAUAUUUUCCUUGGUCACAUUCAUCAGUUCUGUUAUUCUCCCCUUUGGUGUCAUCUCCCCGGAUACCAAACAACCCUCCAUCCGCCGUCCUCCUUUGGGCCUGAUAAGGUUUCUUAACAAAUUACAUUUCACUCGACCCGACCUGCAAACCGCAUGGAUGCUUUCACACCUUAUGUUUGCUUUAACAAUGCUAUUUGCCCCCGCAGCCCGUUCCGUGCGGUCCGCCACACUGCUUGUAGCAACUUGUGGAAUCCCCUGGGCAGUCAGCUGCUGGGCUCCAUUUGCCUUUAUGGGAGUGGAAAUAAACCGUCUAGCGAUUCCAUCUUUCACAAGAAAAUCAAGCGUCACCAUGAUAACCUCCGCCACUUUUAACAGACACAACUCCGACCUAAACAACUACGAUGUCGAGCUAGAAGACCGCGGUCCCUCUAUCCUCCGUCUAAAUCACAGCCACAGCCCAGAUUUGGAUAGUGACAGCGAAUCGGCCGAUGAAGAAGCGGUUUCUUCCACUGGUGAGUUGGCGGGUAUCUAUCUGGGUGUGCUUAAUGUAUACACCACGCUCCCUCAGUUCGUCGGCACGCUCAUCUCGUGGAUUGUAUUCAGCAUCUUCGAGCCUGGCACUUCGCCGAUGUCGACGGAUGGGGAUAUGAGUAACGGAGUUUCCGGAGAGCAGGAUGACGGCAAAUGGAUAAAUCGACACCGUGAAGGGCCUAAUGCGAUUGCGGUUUGUCUCCUUGUUGGCGCUAUAAGCGCGCUAAUUGCUGCGGAAGCUACGAGAAGGUUGAAGUAUGCGAGAUGA